UGGUGCAGGUUGUCCCGCUCUGUUCCUUACCAAGUCUCCACUCGGCUGUAACAUCGCCGCGCUCCCUUUGACCUCUCUCUCUCGAAAUUGUUCCAACCAGGAAGAGAGGCGAAGAUUAAAACAAAAAAGGAAAGAGCCUGUGAUGUUGAAUAUGGGAGAUCAGAAGCAGCCGAAAAUGGUCCCAAAGUGCACCUCCUUCAGCAUCAAGAGCUUGCUGCUCCCUGAAGCGGCUCAGCAGCAGCACAGCGACAGUAACCAGGGCAGCAGAGCCGGCGACACCGAGCUCAAAGCUGACUUUAAAUACCAGGACAGUCCGGAGACACAGCUCGCCCCUGCUGUGGAGGAGGAAGAGGACGAGGAGCACAAAAAGGACGAGAAGAAACACGGCAAAUACGACAAGCCGCCGUUCAGCUACAAUGCCCUUAUCAUGAUGGCAAUCCGGCAGAGCCCGGACAAGAGGCUCACCCUGAACGGUAUCUACGAGUUUAUCAUGAAGAAUUUCCCUUACUAUCGGGACAACAAGCAGGGCUGGCAGAACUCCAUCCGCCACAACCUCAGCCUUAAUAAGUGCUUCGUCAAGGUGCCCCGGCACUACGAUGACCCGGGCAAAGGCAACUACUGGAUGUUGGACCCGUCCAGCGACGAUGUGUUCAUCGGCGGAACCACGGGCAAACUGCGGCGGAGAUCGGCCACCUCAAGGGGCAAGCUGGCUUUCAAAAGAGGGCUCCGCCUCUCUCCGUCUGGCCUCGGCUUGAUGGACCGGGGUAACCCUUUGUAUUGGCCUCUGUCCCCCUUCCUGUCCCUGCAUCAUCCCCAUAACAGCCUCAACUACAGCAGCGCUGCCUCGAGUUUCCUGAACCAAGCUCCCACUUACAGCUCCUUGCUUUCCGGUUGUGGGGCUGGCGUCGAUCAGAUGUCCAGCGGAGACCUCUCUCACCCAUUGUUAAGGGGAUCCGUACAGUGUGGUUUGACCAACGGAUACACGGUGAACCCUUGCUCUGUGAGCUUGCUGUCCGGCCAGACCGGCUAUUUCUUCCCGUCCCUGCAUCACUCGCAGUCAGUGCAACACCAGAAUGGAACGGGCAUGGGCAACCCGGGCGCCACUUCCAGCUCUCCCCCAGCAGCCUCGCCCCUCAUCACCGAGGCCCUCAGACCGUCUCUGUCCACUUUCCCGUCCGGACUCGCCGCUGGAUUUACCAGCUACCUGUCACAGCAGAACGGAGGGGCUGCUGGAAAUUCGUUUUUGCACUGAUCUAGGCCCAGGAAGUGACAGUAGGUAGCAAACAAUGCUAUGCAAAACUACAGCUGCACCUUACUUCAGGAAAUCUGUGCUGAUAUAUCCGCUAGAUUAUUAUAUCUGGUUUUAGACGAAACUUGACUCUUAUAUGCUGUGAGGGAAAAAAAUCAUUUAAUAAUUCCCGAGGCUGUAGUUUCAUCCUGUAGUAAUCAUAAUGUCGAAGGUAUCUUGCACAUGUGCUACUGCAACAACGGAAAGAUGCUCCUGCCUUUUUUAUAGUUUAAUUGUAAAGGGAGAAAAACAAAAAAAAAUGCAACCGGUUUCCUUUGCAAUAUUAACGUGGCACAAAGGGAAAACGUUACCUUUAGUCUGAAACCUGGACUUCUCUUUAACCAAAGGUAACACUAUUGCAUAAUCUAAAAUACUAUCGAAACGUUUGGAGUAUGUUUGUUUUUUUUUGCUCUUGUGUGUUCAACACUAUUUAUUAUUUAUAAAGAUGUACAUAUAUGUAUUUAUAAUUUAAUAAGUUGCACAAUAAUGUCUCCCUAACAUUGUAGGUUAUUUAAUUCUCUUGUACUAAUUAACUUGGAAGUAGUAGCAUAUGUGGUGACAUUUUAUUUUUCGCUAUCUGAAAUGGUUGCACCAUUAUUUUUAUUCAUCUCUAUAAAAGCGCCUUAAUAAACACAGACAAACAGGGGUUUCUGUAAAACGUGGACCGCUGUGAAAUAUUUAUUUCUUCUUCGAAUGAUCAUAGUCUUAAAAUGCCGGCUCCUUGUUUGCACUGCUCAGGACUUCUCCCCCGAAUUAUUUCAACAGAGACAGAUAAAUAUGAGCACAAAUUUCACAAGUACUUUAUUUUUGGCGUGUGUAUGUGUUUGUGUGUGCAUUAGAUUGUCUUCAACACAUUUAAACGGUGUGUUACAACUUGAAAACGAAAUCGCGAAAACAUUUUUUUUGCACAACUCAGCCUGUUAAGGAUUUCCUCAAAAAAAAACUUGGUUUUUGAAAGGUCAGAAACCUUUUGCCGAAACUUGAGUUAUUUGUGGGUUGUUUUGAUGGGAAGGUAUUUGAUUGGAGGCGAGAAUCUUUAUGGAAAUAGUUAUCUUGCCAGAAGCGUCAAACUACAUGGAAUUAUAAUGAGUGCCAAGACCGAGGGAGUGAUAAAAUCCCACAGACUGCGUGUCUGUACAAUUGUACAUAAUUGCUCAGAGAAACACAUGUCAGCUCGCCUAUAUUAGACGGAAGAUGUAUUUUGUUUGUAAUGUGGCCCAAUCUUCAUAUCGAAUACCAUUUGCCCUGCAGUUUUCUCUUUAUAUUUUGUAUGUACAGUUUUCGUCAUAACUGAUGUCCGAGCCUCUCCAUCCAGGGAAGGAAAUUGUUUUGUGAUGAAUUUGAAACUGAUCGAGUAAUGCAGACGCAAAUCGAAAUUCGCAAAUGCAUUAGACUGAGCGGGAAGUCAUUUAUUAAUCUCAGGCAAUGACUUCGAAGCGAUCCCACCGAUCAGCUACAGUAUAUGUUUAGGGUUGUUGCUGAAGGUUUUAUUUUCUCGUCGUUUUAUUUUCUCGUCAGGGUGGACACGAAUCUCUCUCUCUGAGUCUUAUUGUGCUCAGAGCUGGGAGUCCCUCCUCCCUCCCUGCUUCGUGCACUGAGGAUAGUAAACAUAGGGAUUGAUGCAAAACGUUACUGACAGGACAAGUCUGAGGGCGGGGAGAGAGAAACCAGCAGAAGUCUAUCUUGGUAGCUCCCGGUUAUCCUCGUAAUUCUUCCUGGCAGACCAUUGCAGAGGCGAAGUAACAAUAAUUAUCAUGUUGGCUCACAAUCCCAAACUGUGUGUGUGUGUAUGAGAGAGAGAGAGAGACAGACGGAGAGACAGAGUCUGCGGGGUUUGUCCCACGGCAACAAAAAGUACACACUUUCAUUCAUAUGUUUGAAUUCAGUUGAAAGUCUGCGAUUCAAUUCUAUGAUGUACUCCAAUUUACUGCGAAAAUAGCAGUGUGCUGCCUACUCUGAUAUCCAUGAGCGGGUUCCACGCUCCUUUGUUACUUUGUUCGUUUUUUUUGUUAAUGCUGGCUUCAGGUUCAGGGUUUCCCUGGCUCGUUCGAACGGAAGCAAUACUAUUUCCCCGGCAGGCCCAGUGUAGCAUGAUCAUUGUGUUCAGUGCAAUGCACACGUCUGACUCCCGGGCGCUCCCGGAGCGAUUUGAAGGGACGCUGAUCCUUUGUUUGAAAUGUACAAUUUGUUUCGCAAACUAAUUUUUCCGCAGAGUCCCUAUUUAUUUAUUUUGCUUCAGGAUUAGCAUUCAAAUCAAUUAUUUUAAUUGUUUACUGAACAACCGAGGACAUAAUAUUCAUGCAAUACAAUAACAUAGAGAAUCUUAUUCAGAACGAGGCCUUAUACCUAUUUGCAGUUAUUUUGCAGCUCGAUGUUAUAAAGGUACCCCUGGACAAGUGAAUAAAACCAAAAUAUGUUCAAAUCGCCAGUGUAAACAUAUUCGCUGCUUGUAUGUUUGCUUUGUAAUGAAGCCUUGGUCCAGGCCUCCCGAUGCUGCAGUCUACCUCACUAUGCUGUUACAUAAAGCGGAGCACACGCAACGACAUUAGAAGGAGUACUGUCUUAAAUUUUUAAAUCACGAAAAACAAUCGUAUUACAUUCAUUGCAACCGAAUUGUUCCCUCUGCCUCUCGGUCUUCCUCUGUUAUUGCUGGAGGGAGUUGGCAAUGAUUAAACUCCUUCGCGAUCAUAUUCGUUCGGUCUUAGACUCGUGCUGUGCAUCCGAUUCCUGACAUUUGUACGUUUAGUGAAUGGAAUUCAAUAAAAGAUUUACUCUGCAUUAUGAAAGCUAUCUAAUCUGG